UUUCUACAACACGAGGACCAACAUGCAUAAAAGUCUUACGAAGUGAUUGGGAUCUUCUGAGUGGGCCAUCUAUCAACUCUGGAGCCGAAUUGCAAAUUGUCCCAACUCCGCCCAAGAGAAGCUCGUCUGUGCGCGCUGCAGCGGGCGGCCUCAAUGUAAAACAGGUCAUGCUCUUCUACAUGCGUCUCGAUUGGCCCACUUCAGCCUACCUCAUUCUCCCCGAUGGCACCAAACCCUUUGCCAGAGGAAGUUCUCGAGCUCAUAAUCCGCUUCACGGCCUCGAUUCCAGACCUUACGAUCCCUGUUCUGUCGCCGAAAACAACCACUACGCUUGCGCUCAAACUGCUCAUCCGAGACCGUUUGCCGACAGAAUACGUUCGCAAUCGGCUGCGACUCAUCUUUUCUGGCAGGAUACUUGAGGAUGGCUCUUCUUUGUACCAGUCCUUGAACCUCAAAGAUGCCGCCCCACCGCCUCCGCCCCGCUCGGCAAAGUCGAGAGGCAAGCAGCCGCUACGAGACGAUGAAGACGGGGCACGAACCGUGCUCCGCAAAUACAUACAUUGCUCUAUAGGGGACGUGCUUUCGAGAUCGGAUCUCGAAGAGGAGGCGCGCAAGGCAGAGGAGGCCAAGCAAGCGCUCCUUCAGAACGUCGGCCAAGCCUCAACCGGUUCUCCAGCAGACAACGGCCAUGUACCACCAGCAACGCAGGGCCCGCUCGGCUUCGAUCGCCUCCUUCAAACGGGCUUCACAGCUGCGGACGUGGCCACGCUUCGCGCCUCCUUCCUCGCCCACCUCAGCAACACGCACACGCCGGACACGAUGCCGCACGGCGAUGACUUGAGGCGUCUGGAGGAGCGCUGGCUCGACACUGACGCGCAGAACAGUCAGCAGAUAGGGCCAGAUGGAAGCAGCAUAGAGGAUGACGAGGGAUCGGCGCUCGACGACAUGUUCUGGGGCAACAUCUGGGGCUUCUUCUGGCCCGUCGGCGCAAUCGUCUGGGGUUUCAGAGAGGAUGGCGUCUGGACCAGACGGAGGAUGAUCGCCGUGUUCACUGGCGUGCUGGUCAACUUGGUCUUUGGAUUUGCCAGGUUGACCAGCUCGAGGUGAUGGCAGGGAAAAACAUAUUUCAAUAGAUAUGGAUGUGCAUCAUUUCCGUAUGUGACAUGAUAGACUUAGCGGUGCCUAAUGCCGUGGUUAAGAACCAUUUGACCUUCCAAGUGCUUUUUCAUCUAGGUGACGGCUAUACUCAAUUCUACAGGUAAUCAAUCAUACCUAUUCUCUCCAUA